AUGACGUAUUUGCUGCUUUGUUUCUCAACAGUUGACAUUUUUAUGCUGUAUAUUUUUCGCUUCACGAUUAACAUUUUCUAAAUAUUUGCUGUUAUUGUGUGAUUAUGUCCACAGAUGUUUUGGAAGCCACAGUGAUGCUGGAGGUCUUACGGGUGACGGAGCUUCGUCUUCUGCUUUCCAAGAUGGGCAAGAGUAAAAGCGGCCUGAAGAAGGAUCUCAUGAAGAGAGUCACAGAUCUGCUACACAAUGAAUGCAGUCCUGAGCUGCUGUCUGCUGUCCGAGAGCUGCACAAACUCCGGCAGGUUUCCAAAGACGCCCGCAGGAGCUCAAAGCCCAGUCCUGUAGAAAUCAUCUCCAUGCCAGCGUGUGUCUUGCCUGAGAAACCCCAAUCACCCAUAUCAAUCUGUACAGAGCCACAGAUGAUCAAACUGCCCUUCUACCAGACACUGGACACCAUUCUGCCACCUACACCUCUGGUGCCCAUGUUUGGAGGAGCCAUGCAGAACUCAGAUUUCCUGUUUCAUCUCAGUGCAAGUCAACAAGCUCAGAUCCAGAACAGCAAGUCGUCUCAGUCUGGUCUGGCGUCUGUUCAAGUGGUGCUCAGGAUUUGCUACAGUGAGAGCAUCGGUGUUGAAGAAGAUCAGUUUCCACCGAACAUCUGUGUUUCAGUUAAUCACGCUGACUGUCCCAUACAGUGCACCUAUUCAUCCAAUAAAAUGGGGACUGAGCCUUCUCGUCCGUGUCGUCCGAUCGACCUCACGCCUGGUUUGUACCCUGCGUUCACAAACCGAUUCUCAGUGGUGUGGGGAAACUUCGGCAAGAGUUAUACAGUGGCUGUGUAUCUGGUGCGGGUGGUUUCGUCUCAGGAUCUGUUGGAUCAGCUCCGCAGGACCGCGGUGGAGCAGCAGGAGCUCUGCAGACAGAGAGUUUCUGAGAAAUUGUGCUCUGAUCCAGAAAAUGAGAUUUCUACUACAGGCUUGCAAGUAUCGCUAAUUUGUCCACUAGCAAAGAUGCGUAUGUCUGUUCCCUGUCGGGCUCGAGGCUGCGCUCACCUGCAGUGCUUCGAUGCUUCCUUCUACCUGCAAAUGAACGAAAGAAAGCCCAGGUGGACGUGUCCCGUGUGCCACAGAUACGCUCCGUUUGAUGAGCUGCGAAUCGACAGUUUGCUGUGUGAAGUUCUGGAGAGCUGCGGUGAGGAUGUGGAGGAGAUUGAAUAUCUGUCUGACAGCAACUGGAAAGCCGUGAGACACGACAAAAGCGACAAAAACAAGGAAACUAUUCAACAUCAACAGAUCAAACACAAGGUGAAUUGUAAUUCAGUGGGCAGCGUUAUUGUAGAUCUGACACAGUUUUCCUCUGAUGAUGAAGAUUUCCAAAAAGAGGAGACAGUUUCCACACAUUUGGAAGACAAAAGUGUGCACUUUAGAAAAUCUGGCAUAGUUAAAACUACUAAACCCAAAAGUCGAAAAACCCAGGUCCAAAACUAUUAAUUGUGCUAGAAGUAUUUAUUUUUUAUUAUGUCUUUUUUUCUGUUUUAGUUUUUAAUAAUUGUUAAUAUUGCCUCUGACAGUCAUUUAGAAUCACAUUUUCAGACGUUUUUUAUUAUAUGAUGCUCAAUCUGAUGACUGAUGUGAGCCUGUCGUCAUUCAGUCAUUGUGUUUUGCAUGUUGUCGAGUGUGUUGUGUUUGUCUUCAUU